ACCUCGGCCCCGACUCCUCCCCCUCGCCGGCUCGGCGGUGCGUGCGGAGCCGGCCGGGCGAGGAGGCGGGAUAACGUCGGCGCUGUCGCCGCUGCCGCCGCCCCUCCUCCUGUUCCAGCCGCCGCCGCCGCCGCCGCUUCACAGCCGAGUUGUCGCGGCCCCGGCGGCGCCCGGCGCGUCCAGCUGCGCGGCCCCCACCCGCGUCCGCCCCGCCGCCGCGAUGGCGACUCGCUCGUGCCGGGAGAAGGCGCAGAAGCUGAACGAGCAGCACCAGCUCAUCCUGUCCAAGCUGCUGAGGGAGGAGGACAACAAGUACUGCGCCGACUGCGAGGCUAAAGGUCCUCGAUGGGCUUCCUGGAACAUUGGUGUGUUUGUCUGCAUCAGGUGUGCUGGCAUCCAUAGGAAUCUUGGGGUUCAUAUAUCCAGGGUCAAGUCAGUCAACCUAGACCAGUGGACGCCGGAACAGAUCCAGUGCAUGCAAGAUAUGGGAAAUACUAAAGCAAGACUACUAUAUGAAGCCAAUCUUCCAGAGAACUUUCGAAGACCACAGACAGAUCAAGCAGUGGAAUUUUUCAUCAGAGAUAAAUAUGAAAAGAAGAAAUACUACGAUAAAAAUGCUAUAGCUAUUACAAAUAUUUCCUCCUCUGAUGCUCCUCUUCAGCCUUUGGUAUCCUCUCCUUCUCUACAAGCUGCUGUUGAGAGGAACAAAUUGGAGAAAGAAAAAGAAAAAAAAAAGGAAGAGAAAAAGAGAGAAAAGGAGCCAGAAAAGCCUGCAAAACCUCUUACAACUGAAAAGCUGCAGAAGAAAGAAGAUCAGCAAUUGGAGCCUAAAAAAAGUACCAGCCCUAAAAAAGCUGCAGAGCCCACUGUUGAUCUUUUAGGACUCGACGGCCCUGCUGAGGUGCCAGUGACUAAUGGGAACACAGCCACGGGACAGGCCUUGAACGACGAUCUGGACAUCUUUGGACCGAUGAUUUCUAAUCCCUUACCCGCAACUGUCCUGCCGCCAGCUCAGGGGACGUCCUCUGUACCAGCAGCUGCCGCUCUGUCUACAGUGACAUCUGGGGAUCUGGAUCUGUUCACUGAGCAAGCUACCAAGUCAGAAGAGGUGGCCAAGAAACAGCUCUCCAGGGACUCCAUCUUAUCUCUGUACGGCACAGGGACCAUCCAGCAGCACAGCACUCCUGGUGUGUUCAUGGGACCCACAAAUAUACCGUUUCCCUCACAAGCACCGGCUGCAUUUCAAGGCUUCCCGUCCAUGGGCGGGCCUGUGCCUGCAGCUCCCGGCCUCGCGGGAAGCGUGAUGGGGCCGAGUGCGGGCGUGAUGGUGGGCGUGCCCCUGCCCAACGGCUUCAUGGGAAACGCACAGACUGGGGUGAUGCCACUUCCGCAGAGUGUGGUCGGCCCCCCAGGAGGGAUGGUGGGACACGUGGGUGCAGCCCAGAGUAAGUUUGGCCUGCCGCCAGCUCAGCAGCCCCCCUGGAACCUCUCCCAGGUGAACCAGCAGAUGGCUGGCCUGAGCCUGGGCAGCGCAAGCCCCGCGGCGGGCUUCAGCCAGCCCCCCGGCACCACGGCGGGGGCAGCAGGGUGGUCAGGGGGCUCGUCAGGCCAGACGCUCAGCACACAGCUGUGGAAGUGACCCUGCAGCACGGCCCACCGCGCUCCCCCCCGCCGACGUUCCUGCGGAGAUGCAGCUGGGUUCCCCUGUCAUUCGUGUACAUAAUAUUUUUUUCUUUUUUCCCCAUUUGUUCAUAUUAAGAAUUAUCUGAUUGACUGAUUGACCGUGUUGGUCUGUACUGAUGGAUUAAAUUUGCUGUGGUGAAAAGCAGGUUGAGAAACCAUUUCAUGUCGAGGGCAGCUUUUGCUCACAUUUCCCAGGAUUUCAUAGACACAGUAUCUGGGAAGCUGCUCGGUCAACGUGCAUAAUCAGUUUCCCUGUCGAUGAAACUAUAGCUCUCGUGUUUGCAUAUAAGGGAAGUAGCUAUCAUGUUUGUUAGUAAUACCUCUAACAGUAUGAACCCCACCCCCAGAUUAGCCAGUAAUCCUGUAGGAAGGUACUGUAUGAUCAAAUGUUUAAUCAUAUAAAUAGAAUGUCAAUGUAUCACUGAGCACUGUUUUCUAGUGUAUCCAGAUUCUUUUAUGUCGUCAUUCACGUCACUGUGCUGUUGCUAUGAUGUGCGUAACCGGGAACGUGGUUAGAGAAAGGAAGAUAAACCUGGAUGUUACUACAAAAUUAAUUAGUUGUUUAACGGAUGUUUGAAGAAGUCAGAUUUUACCUGCCUCCCUUGUAAUUGGGAUCUCUUCCUAUGUACACAUAGUGCUAGCAAACACGAGACCUUUCUCUGCACUAGAUGCAAACAGGGUAACUAAACAAGCCACUUCAACCCUUGAAGGUGUAUCCAGGUUUAUGACAGUAAUUGUGUUUACAUUUUAUGGUGCCUAGUACUGACAGAUGUCAUAUCCCUGUAUUAAACAGAUGAAUCCAUA